AUUUAUACAGUGUAAAAUCCAUGCGAAUUCAGCUUUAGUUGUAGUGCAGCAUCCAGAUCAGCAGGCUCCUUCACCGCUGGGGAACAACCGCCUUUUGUAUUCCCCCCGCUGCAGUGGGGGAGUGCAUUUACCGUCGCGCCCAAGGGGAGAAGCCUAGAAGUAUCCUCCAAUCAGCCGUUAGUGAUUUCUCUCAUCUUGUGGGGCUGCUGAUGGUGAUUUAUCACUGACCUGAGACAAGCGCUGCACUCUGCUUUAACACCCCAACCACCUGGAAUACUCCACCAUGGUUUUUUUUAUUUCUUUUCUUAAACACAAAUACCCUCCUGUGGAUAUUUCAAAUAGAAUGACCAGAGGACAAAAGGAGGAUUAAAAUGGACUUACUGACUGCCAUUCUUGAAUUUCCUUUUUCUUCCUACUGCAGACAGAAGAUGGACUAACUUUUAUGGGUGCAUUUGUACCAAAUGAGAAAAUCCUUCCAUACUGAAUGCUUUGAUCGAAGAAUAUAGGCAUUUUGUUCUGAAUUAUUUGUCAUAUUUCAUAUCAGAAUUUAUUCUGAAAGGAUGGCAGGCAGGGGACGAUUGUAGACACUCCACUGCAAUAAUCAUGUAGGACUGAUACUCAGGUACAUAGAGGUAUAUAGGGAUGGACAAGAGAUGGCGAUGGAGAGAGGGGAUGACAGUUGGAGCACACCUGCCUGCUGAACAUGUCUGACACCUCGCUGUAGCUCGAUUAGCGCCUGCUCUCCAGACUAUCAGGUUGUCUUUUCCCAAGUUAUCGUGCUUUCCACUGAGUGGAGAUUGCUUCCCAGUGUGCUCGUGUGUACGAGUAUAUAACCGUGAGUGAGUGAGUGAGUGAGUGAGUGAGUGAGUGUGGUUUGUGCUAGGAGCCAGAGUUUGGGAUUACAUUGCCUCUGGAAUGGAUACAGGUGUAGUGGAGCCUUGAAUGAGGAUUAGCAGCUCUAACACCUUGUCGCUGGCAGCACACAGGGCGAUGGACCUUUCAGACAAGACUCUUAAGUCUCACUGGAGGGUUAAAGAUAAAGGUUUAACCAACGUGAUGAGACUCCGAGGGCAAGGACGGGGACUGGAAGACAGUUGAGAAAGUUAUAUUGAGAUUUUGUUACAUUUCUAAUUCAGGCACCUUGACUGAGGCUAAUCUUAAAGCGAGUGGGAGUUCCAUAUCAAUAGACUGAGGACAAUUAUAGCAAUUGGUCAAGGACGAUUAAACUAGUUAGGAAUGAGAGAAUGUGUAUAUCCACAGACUGGUAAAAAAAAAAAAAACUUCCUAAAUGAAUAAAAUCAUUGGAUAUGUAAAAGACAAACAUCUAUGGUACUUGUAAUAAACAAUCUUGAUUUCCCCAAUAACCCAGCAAGCACAAAAUCCAAUUGAUCCAUGAGUUGGUUUGAUAUUGAUUUCUCUACACAGUCAGGAGAGAGUCUUGUCUGAUCUCUGCUUGAAAGGUCACUAAUUUAAUUAUAAUCCGUCAUUUGCUCUCACCCUAGAGAGUAGUCGGUGCUGAGUAUGCUGUAGCAUACAGAAUCAAUGGUCUAAUAUUUGCCUAAUAUCUGACAACAGACCAGAGAAGCUGCUGCAGUCUACUUUAACAAUCUCACAGUUUCGGCAUGUGUCGUUUUAGUGUCUUGUGUUAUUUAGAGAGGCAGUAUGAUAAAUGCUCUGUGUUCUGCUGACAGUUAUAGAAAAUUUGGCAGCUUGUGUGCUUGUAGUUGAAAGAAGCGUCUGUUGUUGCCUGUCUUGAUGCGUGUGCAGGUGUGCAUGUUUUUUGGGCUUGUAUCCCUGGCGUACAGCUUAUCUUAGCUGCACAGCAAAGGCUCAAAGAUCCUGGUAAUACGCAUCACUCAACUUGCUUCACUUAAAAGUUAAAUUAGGAAAUACCUUUAACAAUGCAUUGAUCCUGAAGUGGAGGACGAGAGCAGGGCAGUCCUGACAGGGCUUUCAGGAGGAGAAGUUAUCUCAGCAGCCACACUCAGCAAUCCUUCAGCGAUCCGGGAAAGCAGAGCAGGUGGGAAACUCGCUGUGGGAGUGACGAGAAGAAAAAAAAAAAAACAGGACUGAGGCAAGUUCUUUGAUAGCUGUAUUGUUUGUAUGUACAUUGUUCAAAGAGCAUUGCUGAAAGUGUGCUGUUUGGAGGGAAAAAAACUGAGGAACAGAGUGGGGGAGUUUAGUGAGAGUUCUGCUGGGAAAACCUGCUCUAUACUGCAGACUUCAACACUGAAGAAAAAAACAGGCAGGGUACUGCAUGUAUACUGCAUGAUCACCUUUGACAAGUCACUGGAUCAGCAUUGAUUUGUCUGAAACAACUGCUUAAUCUAUUAAAUGACACAAGCACAAAAGCAGCAGGACUCUUAAAAACAUCUUUUCUCCACAUCCAAGAUUACAAGUGAAACUGGAUGAUCGACAACAAGCACAAGAACUUAAACAAGCAACCUUUUUGCCUGCGAUGGAGACAGAAACAAACACAUGGUCUUGCAGCUCUGAAACUAUCUCCACAUUUGAAUUUCCUCUGGAUUAUAACACUUGAAUUGUGAACAAGAAGAGGAGAACGGUGACACAGCCAAACAAACUGUCUGUCUAUCUGUCCCCGGCAGGGAUGUGUUGUGUGUUACUCUGAGGAGGAGUAGUGUAGUAUACCACAAGCCUGCGAAUGAGGGUGGGGCUCUCCUACUGCCACAGACAAAGACUUUGAUAAAGAGAGUCCUGGUGUGAGAACUGGUCAAGUGGUGCAGUUUUGGACCGGCACAGUCCGGCACAGUGUCAAAAGUCACAAUGGGGUGUAACAUGUGCGUGGUUCAAAAGCCUGAGGAACAAUACAAGGUCAUGUUCCAGAAGGGUCACAUAAACAACAUGUUGUGCUCUUUUGACGCUGACGGUCGAUUAAAGGUGAAUGGAAAGGAUCUGUCCUGCCUUUCCGGGGAUCCCACCCUGGACAUACGGGACCCCGUGCUGUCCAACAUACUGAGGCGGGGGGCCCGCAGACGCGCAGGCCUAGCGGGAGCCCCUGGAGGGUUAGUGCCAGUGACCAUGGGCAUGGCCGACUGUGUAGACAGCUGCACCCAAACAGACAUCAGCUUCCAGCAUAUGUUGACUCUGGGCAAGAGCAGCCAGCAUCCCUGUGGAGCUCCACCCCCACCCGACCCUCCGCCGUCGCCUCCACUGCCGCCGUUACUGGAGCCAUAUUUACUCAAUGAACUCUUUAUAGAGCCUGUAUACUACGACCCCACUGACUACUUUGAUAUCACUCAUCAUGAAGUGGACAGGCAGGAUGAGCUGGAAUAUGAGGAGGUGGAGUUGUAUAAGUCUCGGCAGCAGGAUAAACUCGGGCUGACAGUGUGUUACAGAACCGAUGAGGAGGAGGACCUGGGAAUAUAUGUAGGAGAGUUGAACCCAAACAGUAUCGCUGCAAUAGAUGGACGCAUUCGCAAGGGAGACAGAAUACUGCAGAUAAAUGGAGUGGACAUCCAGGACAGAGAGGAGGCAGUAGCUAUUCUCACCAGAGAGGACAGCACUAAUGUCUCUCUGCUCCUUGCACGACCUGAAAUAGAGAAUGACAACCAGCUGGACCCAGACGAGUUGGAGUUGGAGCCACUGGACAACGCUGUUCAUCUGUCCAGCAGCCACAGAGUGUGGAACGGCACCUCCGUCCUGGGUGCUGGACCGGGCAGUGUUGCUGGCGGGGGUGUACUUGGCAGCAAUGGCCGCUCCAUGAACAGGGAUUCACCUGAUUUGCUCCAGACGGUGCUGAGCAACAGCCAGGAGCUGGACAGCGGGGUGGGCCGUACAGAUGAAAGCACACGUUACGAGGAGUCUUCAGAACAUGACCUUCUGGGAGACGACCACACCAGUGCCUCCAAUACCAACGCCACCAACACGCCUGGCAGCAUGCGCAAGUUUCUGUCCAGCCGAGGGGACACUCCGCCCUUGCUGCACUCCCAGGACCUCCAGUUCAGCACGGACUCUCUCUUAGGGCUGGACUGUGUUUAUGGAGGAGGGCUGGAACAGGUGGAGCGAUUGGAGAGGGCCUACGCGGCCGAUCCUGUGAGGAUGAUGAUGAUGCCUGGGCUGACCGAGGAGGAGUGUGAGAGGUACAAAGAGCUCCUGGAAAUCAAGUGUUACUAUGAGAAGAACAGUAAUGCUCUGAUGCUGCUGGAAGGUCAGGGGCCGGCAGAAGAGGAAGGCGGCGUCUCACUGGAUGUGAACAGGAAUGAGAGCUUGACGCAGCAUGAGAUGGCCCUUCUGGAAGAAGAACUGCGCCACUUGGAGUUCAAGUGUCGCAACAUCCUGAGGGCACAGAAGAUGCAGCAGCUGAGGGAGCGUUGUCUGAAGGCUUGGCCUCUCGAGGAGAAGAAUGGAGCGAGUGCAGGGGCUGGAGUAGGAGCUGGACGCUUAGACAUCAGCGGCACUUUGGUCAGCGAGGACUCCUGUCACCACGCUUUGUCGGAUAUCAACGAGCUCCCAGAAAGGGAGCGCUCAGAUAAGGACAGCACGAGUGCCUACAACACUGGAGGGGAAAGUUGCAGGAGCACCCCUCUGGUCAAUGAACAGUAUCCUUCACCCUCUUCACAGAGCCUGGAGGGAGGAGAACCCCUUCUCCCAGCAGGUAUGCAGCUACCAACCUCCACUAGACAGAGAGAGAGAGGGACCAGGGCCGAAAGAGGGGACAGGACCCAAGCCAACCUCAACCAGCCCUACUCUCCCCACAGUCACAGGAGACGAGCCGAGGCGAAGACAUCCAGCCCCGGAGCUAAGGUUAGGUCCCUGUCCCGGGACAGAGGAACCAGGCGGGGCUCAGACGGAGAGGUGAGACGUAACCCCAAAGCCAAUGGGACAGCUGAGAGGGCCGGGGGAUACAGUGCAGACAACAGCCCUUACCUGUCCCGCCGUCAGACUGACACAAAGCCGCCUCAGCACUACCUGAGCUGCAUGCAGCUGAGGUCUCCCUCCGCCUCUGAGCGGCUUGGUGGACUCAGAGAUGCUGCCAGAGAGGGCAGCAUGGAGACUUGGGGCGACGCCAGCCCCAUGAGCUUGGGUAGCACAUGUAAAGAUGUCGCCCAAGCCCCAGGAGCUGUACCUAUGUCCCCUCCAUUGCUGCCUGCCUCCCCUCGUAUGGAGUGGAAGGUGAAGAUCCGCAGCGAUGGCUCGCGCUACGUGGCCAAGCGGCCUGUGAGGGAUCGCCUCCUGAAGGCACGCGCCAUGAAGAUCAGAGAGGAGCGCAGCGGCAUGACAACGGAUGACGAUGCUGUGAGUGAAAUGAAGAUGGGCCGUUACUGGAGCAAAGAGGAGCGCAAGCAGCAGCUGCUGAAGGCCCGAGAGCAGCGGCGUCGCAGGGAGUUCAUGAUGCAGAGCCGUCUCGACUGUUUGAGAGAGCGGGAGCGGGAGCAGGGCGGCAGCGGCGGAGGACAGCAGGGGACCACGCAGCAGCAGGAACCCACCUCCAUCCUGGAGCUGUGCCACCGGAGGAGCAUGAAGAAGCGGAGUCGCAGAAUCCUGGACAACUGGAUCACCAUACAAGAGCUACUGGCCCAUGGGACCAGGUCUGCUGAUGGGAAGAAAGUAUAUAACCCCCUGCUGUCCGUCACCACAGUCUGAGAUAAGAUGGGAAGCAGAGAGUUUGGGGAGAGAUAAGAAAGGGUUUUGAUAGGGCCUAUAGGAUAUCACAAGAUGCUUUAGUACACAAAUAUUUGUCAGCAGGAAUGCAGCAACACUCUGAAACACGAAGUCCAUGAUGGUAAUAUACCUUAGGCACCAAGCUAAAAUGUCAAAGGUCCCAUGGCAUGAACAUUUCACUUUAUGAGGUUUUUUUAACAUUAAUAUGAGUUCCCCCAG